AAGAAAUGCAUCCUACACCUCCAUUCUAAUUCGUUCUAUAACACCAACUUCAUCACAUUGAAUUGAACAUAGUAUAAUCAAUAAAAGAUAUUGUAAAUUAAGAUGAGAGCUUUUUCUAAAAACAAGUGUUUCUCUUGCUCCACUCGUUGUUAUUCUCAAUUUUUAGCUCUCUUCUUAUCACUAGCAUUAACUACACUACUUCUUGUUUCUUGUUGGAGUCUCUCUCCAAAUUUAUCAUCAUUUCUUGUUUCUUGGAGUUGGAAGGGACAUCAAAGAGAUUCAUCAUAUGUGGGAGAAGCUCCAUCACCAAGUGCAUUUUCAUUAAAAGAUUUCACUCCAUAUGAUUCUCUUGAAGGUGAAAAGCUUGACACGAACUUUAAGCAUAAAGGUACAAAUAAGUACACCCAAUUGGAAAGAAUUGAAUCAAAAUUGGUUAAAGCAAGGUAUUCUAUCAAAGAAGCUAGCAAAGUUCGAAAUUUGACAUCAACCCACCAAGACCAAGACUAUGUUCCUCAUGGCCCAAUUUACAGAAACGCCAAGGCUUUUCAUAGGAGUUACCUAGAGAUGGAAAAGAUAUUCAAGAUAUUUGUGUAUGAGGAAGGGGAGCCACCAAUGUUCCACAAUGGUCUAAGCAAAAAUAUAUACUCAACAGAAGGAAGAUUCAUAAAUGAAAUGGAAAAAUGGAGAUACUAUCGUACAAAUGAUCCAGAUGAAGCUUUUGUGUAUUUUCUACCAUUCAGUGUGGUCAUGAUGGUAGAAUAUCUCUACGUGCAUGGCUCCAAUGAUAGAAGUUCCAUUGGCCUUUCUGUACAAGACUACAUACAUAUUAUAUCACAUAAAUAUCCCUUUUGGAAUCAAUCCUUAGGCCAUGAUCACUUUAUGCUCUCUUGCCAUGAUUGGGGUCCAAUUGCAUCUGCAUACGUGGACAACUUGUUCAACAAUUCCAUAAGGGUUCUUUGCAAUGCAAACAUAUCAGAAGGAUUCAAGCCAUCAAAGGAUGUAUCAUUCCCUGAAAUGAAUCUCAAGACAGGUGAAGUAACAGGUCUAGUAGGAGGGUAUCCUCCAUCUCAAAGAACCACACUUGCUUUCUUUGCAGGUCACUUGCAUGGUCACAUAAGAUACCUUCUCCUUAACACAUGGAAAAACAAAGACCAAGAUGUGCAAGUCUAUGAUGAACUUCCUCACGAAGAUUCUUACAACACAAAGCUUAGAAGCAGCAAGUUUUGCUUGUGUCCAAGUGGUUAUGAAGUAGCAAGCCCUAGAAUUGUGGAAGCUAUAUUUGCAGAAUGUGUGCCGGUGUUGAUUUCUGAUAACUACGUUCCACCUUUUAGCGAUGUUUUGAAUUGGAAAUCGUUUUCGGUUCAAAUAGAUGUGAAAGAAAUUCCCAAUAUCAAAAAGAUACUCAUGGGAAUUUCGCAAAGACAGUACUUGAAGAUGCAGGGGAGAGUGAAACAAGUGCAAAGACAUUUUGUACCUAAUGAGCCGCCAGAAAGGUUUGAUGUGUUCCAUAUGACUAUCCAUUCCAUUUGGCUCAGAAGAUUGAAUAUCCGCAUUCAUGAUAAUCAAUGAUAUCAAAUCCUCAAGAUAUUAUAGACCUGAUGGAUCCCCUACAGAACACACAUAUUUUGCACCACCAUGCAUGUAUAAUGUACAGGAUCAACAGGUUUCUCAAAUGUAUAUGGUGGUGACAAAUACAGCUAUUAACAGAUUUUGUAGAAAUAGAAAAAUGUUUAUUUCUUAUACAUUUGUCAAAACCUUAAGAAAUUAGCGAUUUACCUAGUAUUAUUGUAUAACAGAUAACAGAUUCAUUAUCAAUGUAAUAAAUUACUUACUGAUA